UGCGGGUUGGGCGCCCCCCUGGGCCACUGUCCGCGCGCGGGCGCAGCCCAGGAGGUCCGGACAAAGGGACAGCAGCUUGUGCUCUGGGCGGGUGCCCGUUCUGCGCCCCUGGCCGCGGCUGUCCUGAUUGGGAUCUGGCCGGGGGAACGGAGAUCCAGGCGCUAGACGCCGGCUGGGCCCCCACGUCUGCCUUUCGGGGUUCGGGAGUGGCUGCUGCCCUGGCUGGGCGCCCUCCAUGGGCAGUGGACACUGCACCCUUCCCCUCUGCUCCUUUGGCUGCGGGAGUGGCAUCUGCAUCGCUCCCAAUGUCUGCUCCUGCCAGGAUGGAGAGCAAGGGCCCACCUGCCCAGAAGCCCACGGACCCUGUGGGGAGUACGGCUGUGACCUCACCUGUAACCAUGGUGGCUGUCAGGAGGUGGCCCGAGUGUGCCCCGUGGGCUUCUCGAUGACAGAGACAGCUAUCGGCAUCAGGUGUACCGACAUCGAUGAAUGUUUAAGCUCCUCUUGUGAGGGCCACUGCGUGAACACGGAAGGCGGGUUCGUGUGCGAGUGUGGGCCAGGCAUGCAGCUGUCUGCUGACCGCCACAGCUGCCAAGACACUGAUGAAUGCCUUGGGACCCCCUGCCAGCAGAGAUGUAAAAACAGCAUUGGCAGCUACAGGUGUUCCUGUAGAACUGGCUUCCAUCUCCACGGCAACCGGCACUCCUGUGUAGAUGUAAACGAGUGUCGGAGGCCACUGGAGAGGCGGGUCUGUCACCAUUCUUGCCAUAACACCGUGGGCAGCUUCCUGUGCACCUGCCAACCUGGCUUCAGGCUCCGAGCUGACCGAGUGUCGUGUGAAGCUUUCCCCAAAGCCGUGCUGGCCCCAUCUGCCAUCCUGCAGCCCCUGCAGCACCCCCCUAAGAUGCUACUGCUGCUUCCAGAGGCAGGCCGGCCCGCCCUCUCCCCAGGGCACAGCCCUCCUUCUGGGGCUCCAGGACCCCCAACUGGAGUCAGGACCACACGACUGCCAUCUCCCACACCUGCACUGCCCACGGCCUCCGCUUCUGCCCUGAUGCAGCGGCUGUCCACCCCAGUGGCCACCCCAGUGCCUAGUCCCUCUCUGUUGGGGACCCUCAGACCUCCCUCACAAAUCCAGGAGAAGGUGGUGGUGACCCCUUCCUUGCCCAGGGGCCCUGAGGCCACACAGCUGGCACCAGGGCCCUCUGCCUGUUGGCACCUGGGAGCCAUGCAUGAGUCCGGGAGCCGCUGGACAGAGCCUGGCUGUUCCCAGUGCUGGUGCGAGGAUGGGGAGGUGACCUGUGAAAAGGUGACGUGUGAAGCUGCUUGUUCUCACCCGGUUCCCUCCGGAGAUGGGGGAUGCUGCCCAUUGUGUACAGGCUGUUUUCACAGUGGCGUCAUCCGGGCUGAAGGGGACGUGUUUUCACCUCCCAACCAGAACUGCACUGUCUGUGUCUGUCUGGCUGGAAAUGUGUCCUGCAUCUCCCCCGAGUGUCCUCCCGGCCCCUGUCAGGCCUCCCCGAAGUCGGAUUGCUGUACUUGUGUGCCAGUGAGAUGCUAUUUCCAUGGCCGGUGGUAUGCAGAUGGGGCUGUGUUCAGUGGUGGUGGUGACGAGUGUACCACCUGUGUCUGCCAGAAUGGGGAGGUGGAAUGUUCCUUCACACCAUGUCCAGAACUGGAUUGCCCCCGCGAGGAGUGGUGGCUGGGCCCUGGGCAGUGCUGCUUCACCUGCAGGGAACCCGCACCCAUGACAGGCUGCUCUCUGGAUGACAACGGGGUUGAGUUUCCGGUUGGACAGAUCUGGUCUCCUGGUGAUCCCUGUGAGUUAUGCAUCUGCCAGGCAGAUGGUUCAGUGAGCUGCAAGAGGACAGACUGUGUGGACUCCUGCCCUCACCCGAUUCGGAUCCCCGGACAGUGCUGCCCCGACUGUUCGGCAGGCUGCACCUACACAGGUAGAAUCUUCUACAAUAACCAGACCUUCGCGUCCGUGCUGGACCCGUGUCUGAGCUGCAUCUGCCUGCUGGGCUCGGUGGCCUGCUCGCCUGUGGACUGCCCCAUCACCUGCUCCUACCCUUUCCACCCUGACGGGGAGUGCUGUCCAGUGUGCCGAGACUGCAACUACGAGGGGAGGAAGGUGGGGAACGGCCAGGUGUUCACCUUGGACGAUGAGCCCUGUACCCAGUGCAUAUGCCAGCUGGGAGAGGUGAGCUGCGAGAAGAUGCCCUGCCAGCAGGCCUGCUCGGACCCCUCCACGCCCCCCAGGGACUGCUGCUUCUCCUGUCCAGAUUCCCUGGAAGAAAGCCGGGGUCUCUCCCCUCGUGGAGACGUUGAGUUCAGCAAAGUGGCCCGGACCCCCCGUGGAGACCCCGAGGCCCUGCUCAACUGCAGCUCCUGCCCGGGGCCCCCAGCGGUGUCGCCUCAGAGGCCAGUGCUCCAGCUCCUCCAGCUCCUCCUGAGAACGAACCUGUCCAACAUGCAGACUAUACCCGAGCCUCCUCUCUACCUCCGGCCUCUCCCGGGGCUCCCGGGCCACCUCCUGUUACUCCAGAGCCCUCAUCCUCAGCCUCCGGGGCCCACACCGCAUCCAGACAGCCUUCUCUGCCUGCCACCAUCUGGCGUAGAGCCUCAGCCCUUUCCACGAUGGGCCCCAGCCCCUCAGAGGCCCCCGUCGCUAUCCUCAGGCCUCGCAGACUGUCUCCAGCCACCUCCAGACUCUCUGCAGCCCUUGCAGCCACAGCCAGCCCUGGCCCCCAGGAGCCCACCAUGGGGCCCUCACCGGAGGAGGAGUCCACAGUGUAAGCAGGCCUCCGUUUCAGGGCCGUGCCCGGGAGACGCCAGACAGAGAAGACUCUGCCAGAGGCCCUGGGAGCUUGCAGGGCGGCUCUGGGGGCCGGUGAGGCUGCUGACUCCUUCAGGACCCCUGGCGGGGAUGCAAAACCCUCAGGGCCCGAUGUAGCCUUGCUCCCAAGAAGCAUCUGGGAUGCGCUGUGAGAAUCCAGCAGCACGUUCUCCACCAUCAGCAUCCUCCCUGGGCUGCGUGGGCCGCCUGUCUUCUGAGAAAGGUUGGGGCGGCUGAGUCCCUCCUCUGGAGGAGGAGGGUCCGAGGGGCCUGGGAUUCCACUGGGAUUGUGCCACCGGCUGUCAUGUGUCCUCACCCGAGGUUUCCUGAUUAAAAUCUGU